AUGGAAAAAUAUUCGCGUUGGAGAGAUAGUGGUACUGGCAUUCAACCUUUUUUGCCACCCGUGCCUUCAAGACAAGAAUCAAAUCUCUUUGAAGCAAUUGGGAAAAUAUUAUCCUUUUUAAUAAAACCUGUUCUCGGGCUCGCCAAAUUUUUACUGGUCAUACUUGCAGCGCUCUUACUCUUUCUAAUUGUCGAUGUCUUGGGGCUACUUUUAAUAAAAGUGAAAAUGGUAUAUAGAGUUUAUCAUUAUCUAUUUACUUGUCUUUUGGCGCGAAUCGCACUCUUCUUUAUGGGAUUUUAUUGGAUUCGUACCGAACGCGUUUCUUUACGUCGCGGGAGAGUAAAUACAUUAAAAAGUCGCGGCGCUUUUGACUCGACGCGUUUAAAAUCGGGUGACGUGAUCGUGUCAAAUUGGACAUCCUAUGUUGAACUGAUUUACCUAGCGUUCAGGUAUGAUCCCGUUUUCACAGAGUUCUAUGUAUCGACUAAUACACUGCGUCCUAUUUCGCUAUGGACUGCCAUUAAGAUAACCGGUCAAUAUCCAGAGUUAAAUCCGCCAUCAGGAGUUAAAACAUAUAGCAUAACAGAAUUAUCAAAGUUGGCAAAAUCCAAUGAUAUGGGACCUAUUGUUGUUUUUCCCGAGGCCACAACAUCAAAUGGUCGUGCACUAUUGAAAUUUAAUCCAGUGUUCAGGGAUUUAUCAUUGCCCGUUGAAGAUUUUCAGAUAUUGAUUCUGAACGUAAAAUAUGAAUAUGAAAAUUUCUCGCCAACUUAUACAGCAGGAAAUAAAUUUUGGCAUUUUCUAAGACUUUGCAGUGAGUUUAAAAAUCAAAUGAACGUAAAAUUCCUAGCAGCCGAUGAAUCGCCAUCUUCAUCAUCUUUUACUAUCACAUCCACCGCCACAUUAACGCCAUAUUCAGCUGCAAGAGCGGCAACAUUAACUCAUGAAGACCAAACAGGCUAUCAGAUUAUAAACUUAGUUGGACAAAUGAGUAGAUUACGUAAAACUAAUUUAGGUGUACAGGAUAAAUGUGAUUUUCUAGAGUAUUAUUGGGAGCGAACGAAUUACAACGCAGUUCGAGAUUCCAUUAAACAAAUACUACCACAGCCUGGUUAUGACGACGGCUCAACUGGUCCAGUACUUGUAAGACUCGCAUGGCAUGCCGCUGGCACUUACGAUAUGCAUACCAAUACUGGAGGUUCUAAUGGUGCAACAAUGAGAUUCGCCAUGGAAGCGAGCGACCCUGCAAAUGCCGGUUUAGAAUACGCUAGAAAGUUUCUCGAACCUAUAAAACAUAAGUUUCCGUGGAUAUCUUAUGCUGAUUUAUGGACAUUAGCUGGAGUUGUUGCUAUUGAAGAAAUGGGAGGACCAGUUGUUCCAUGGAAACCAGGUCGAACAGAUAAGACUCAAGAGAGUGAUUGUCCACCGAAUGGUCGUUUACCUGAUGCUGCCCAUACGCAACAACAUAUUCGUGAUGUGUUCUAUCGAAUGGGUUUCACUGAUCGCGAAAUUGUUGCAUUAAUGGGUGCUCAUACAAUCGGUCGAUGUCACAAAGAUCGAUCAGGUUAUGAUGGUCCAUGGACUUAUACACCCACACGAUUUUCAAAUCAAUUAGAUGAGGAUGAUGAAUUAAUGAUGUUACCGGCGGAUAUGGCUUUAAUUAUUGAUCCAAAAUUCCGAGAGAUUGUGAAUAUAUAUGCACAAGAUAAAAAAGCCUUCUUUAAUGAUUUUGCAUCUGCUUUCGGAAAAUUGUUGGAACUGGGAGUCACGAGAAACGGCAAUGAUGUUGCUAAAUUAUAA